CGACGAACAAGUUUAGAACAGAUGGCACUGCACAUGCUCACCAGAAGAGCAGUUCAUCGAUCAUCAAUCCUGCUGCGAACCAUGUCGUCAACAGCAUAUAUCGUGCCCGUCGACCCCAAAUCUCCUGCAGGAAAUGCAGCUCCAGGUGUCAACCCAGCAACAUUGUGGUCUUCACUUCCACAGGCGCAGAAACCUGCGAAGGUCGGCACGUCCCACCUCUUCUACGGAACUCCGGCGCUCGAUGUAACUGCACUUGUGUCUCUUGGCGAGGGAUUUGAUGCCAAAACUGGUGAUGCGAGACGAGAAAUCGUCCGCCAAGCCGUCGGCAGUGGUGUGAAGAGCGUCAAGGGACUUGGAGAUGGUGUUUCUGAGGCUGUUAUCGAUGCAUCGACAGAUCCUCAUGCAGCUGCCGUCGCUGCUCACUUGGCGUUAUAUAACUUCACGCUCAAAACAUCACCUCCAUCGGCGUUUGACCCACGGGGCACGGCGGGUGUGCCGAAGAAGCUUAACAUCUCAACCAAUAUCAGCUCUCCUGACUGGGAUCGUGGUGUAAUUUAUGCGAAUGCGCAAAAUCUUGCAAGAACGCUAAUGGAACUGCCGGCGAACAUGAUGACUCCCACUGCCUUCUGCGAACGUGUUCAAGCAGAAUUCAGCGGGAUUCCCAAUGUGGAGAUUAUUGUUCGCGACGAAGCUUGGGCGGCUGAAAAGGGCAUGCGCACCUUCCUCUCUGUAACUCAAGGGACUGAUCAGCCAGCCAAGUUCCUCGAGAUUCACUAUAAGGGUGCCCCUGCAAAGAAUGCACAACCUUUGGCUUUCGUGGGCAAGGGCAUCACUUUUGACAGCGGAGGAAUCAGCUUGAAACCCUCAGCAGGCAUGAAGCUGAUGCGCGGUGACAUGGGUGGGGCAGCUACAGUUGUGUCAUCUCUAUUCGCCAUCGCUCAGCUCCAGCUCCCGAUCAAUGUUGUUGCCGUCACUCCGCUUUGUGAGAACUUACCCGGUCCGAAAGCUACCAAGCCAGGUGAUAUAAUCUACGCUAUGAAUGGCAAAUCCAUUGAAGUCGACAACACGGAUGCUGAAGGGCGUCUGGUUCUGGCUGACGCAUUGUAUUAUGCAUCGACCGAAUUCAAGCCGCAUACCGUCAUCGACGUUGCUACUCUCACCGGGGCUAUGGAUAUCGCAUUGGGACAUGUAUACUCUGGAGUCUUCACGACAUCCGAUACCCUUUGGAACCGACUGAGUGCUGCCGGAGAGAGCGAGUACGAUCGCUUCUGGCGCAUGCCCCUCGACGAAGACUACGGCCCACAAAUUUACUCUUCAAACGCUGACUUGUGCAAUACUGGCGGAAAACCAGCCGGUUCAUGCACAGCUGCGCUAUUCCUCAAGGCGUUCGUCGAUGGCAUUGAGGGAACGGAUGGGCAGGAACCCUCUGUCCAAUGGGCUCACCUUGAUAUUGCUGGGACUAUGGAGCUCACGCGCCCAACACCAUACCAAGAGAAAGGAAUGACUGGGCGUCCCGUUCGAGCAUUGGUAGAAUUCGUCAGGCGUCUCUCGAGUCAAGGAUGAAAUGCCAAACUCGCUACGGAAACGUGCAUCACUGACUACCCUAGGUCUAUCUUGCGCGUUUUGCAAAACGUCGGAUGGCCUUAGCGGUGAAUUCUGUAUGCGCAGUACAAUACAAUCUUUGAACGGGCGCCGCUUUAUGUAUCGAACAUCUCUAUGAAUGAAUUGCAAUUGAACGGUAUCGCGAAGUAGUUAAUAGCACUUAGAAAGUAUUCAGUUUAGUGCUAGAAACGGUAAUAACUCAGUCACUUCCUUCUGCGUUAGAUAUCCCUUCAACUACACCUCGUCCUUCUCAAGCCUCGAGGCAUGGAGAAGCUUGAACCCUACCUGUAU